UGGAGACACUUCUCUCUCCUGGCUGUGUAGGGCUGGGAAGGAUUUUUCUUUUUUUCCUCACUCCUGGCUUGAUUUUUUCCCCCCGCUACCUGCCUCCACCACCUUGAUCUUGCAGUUUCUUUGAAUUUGUCUUUCUGAUUUGGGACUUCUGCGGAUUUAUUUUUCUUCCUUUUUAUUGUAGCCACUAGAUUUUGUUGGUUUAUUUGAAAUUCCUUCUGAAAUAGCCUGUCUUCCCCCCCCACCCCCAAGGAGUGGAGCUGAUGAGGGCGCGCGCGAUUUUUGGGCGGUGGGUUUGGGUUUAAUACUAUUUUUCCUUUGUAGGAUCAGGCUCUCCUCGCCGCUUUCUUGAACGUAUUUACCUGUAUAUCUAUUGUAAAACGGAGCAAUAAACCGCCUUUCUCUCUAGUGACCCGUUUGGUUUUCCUUUUUAAGGGCUGCAUUUGAUUCUUGGAUUAUUUCUCUGAACUUUUUUUUUUUUUUUGAAAAAAUCUCGUUUUUAGCCUAACGCAAACCCUGGCGUUAUGGAGGGGGCUUCCUUGCGGCAGGGGAAAGUCAUUGUUGUUGGAUAUUUGUGUGUGUUGGGGGGAGGGGUUGCCUAAUUUCAGUUGCUUUCUUCAACCUUUCUUAAUCUUUUAGCUCACGAGGCUGCGGGGGGAAUGUACUAACGUGCCAUAUUUUGUAAAGGAAACUCACAUUUGAAGGGGAAAUAGGAUAUUGGGGUGUUUGCUUUUUAAAGUGUUAUUUAAUAACCAGUGGGGGUGGGGGGAGGAGAGGCGAGGGGCUGCGGAGGCCUUUUGCUUUUCCUGCCACGCUGCUCGCUCCAGUCUCUUCAGGAUGUAACAACUUGGGAAGAACAAGGAUCUCUCCGGCCCCGCAGCUGGGCGCGCUGGGCUGGUCGUUUGCUGCGCUGGGCGGCUCGUGUGUGAUUCUGACUGCCCGGGAGAGCAGGAGAAGAUGGCGCUGGCUGCCUGGCCGCCUGCCAGCGUUUGUUGCGCAGUUUCUCUGUGAUUCUCCUCCCUAUUUGGCCGCCGCCUCCUCCUCCUUUACAGGCGCCAUUUUAAAGCCCUGGAUGUUGUCAUGGAUGAUGAUGACGAUGAAUCCUGUCUCCUUGAUCUGAUUGGAGAUCCACAGGCACUGAAUUAUUUUCUACAUGGACCUAGUAGUAAAUCUGGCAAUGAAGACUUGACUAAUGCAGGAUACUCUGCGGCCAAUUCUAAUUCAAUUUUCGCCAACUCCAAUAACACUGAUCCUAAAUCAUCCAUCAAAGGUGUAAGCAAUCAGCUUGGAGAGGGGCCUAGUGAUGGACUACAACUGUCAAGUAGCCUUCAGUUUCUUGAAGAUGAACUUGAAUCUUCUCCUUUACCUGAUCUCAGUGAGGAUCAGCCUUUUGAUAUUCUUCAGAAGUCCUUACAGGAGGCCAAUAUUACUGAACAGACUUUGGCAGAGGAGGCAUAUCUGGAUGCCAGUAUAAGUUCUAGCCAACAGUUUGCACAAGCCCAGCUUCAUCCUUCUUCAUCAGCAUCCUAUACUCAGGCUUCUAAUGUUUCUAAUUACUCAGGUCAGACGCUGCAACCUAUAGGAGUUACUCAAGUGGUACAGCAACCAGUUGGAGCAUCUUUUGCAAGCAAUACAGUUGGUGUGCAACAUGGCUUUAUGCAACACGUGGGAAUUAGUGUUCCCAGCCAGCAUUUGUCUAAUAGUAGUCAAAUUAGUGGUUCGGGGCAGAUACAGUUAAUUGGUUCAUUUAGUAAUCAACCUUCCAUGAUGACUAUUAACAAUCUUGAUGGAUCUCAGAUUAUACUGAAAGGCAGUGGACAGCAAGCACCUGCAAACAUGAGCAGCGGACUCUUGGUUCAUAGACAGACUCCUAAUGGUAACUCAUUGUUUAGUAACUCAAAUACAAGUCCAGUAGCACAACCCGUAACAGUCCCAUUUAAUAGCACAAAUUUUCAGACAUCUUUACCAGUCCAUAAUAUCAUUAUUCAGAGGGGCCUAGCACCAAAUUCUAAUAAAGUUCCAAUUAAUAUUCAACCAAAGCCUAUUCAGAUGGCUCAGCAAACAGCUUACAAUGUGAAUAACUUAGGUAUACAGCAGCAUCAUGUACAACAAGGGAUUCCUUUUGCUUCAGCAAAUUCACCUCAGAAUUCAGUAGUUAGUCCUCAUAUGUCUGUUAAUAUUGUUAAUCAACAAAACCCAAGAAAAUCAGUUACUCCUCAAACAGUUAGUAAUGCUGGUGGUAGUAUUGUUAUCCAUUCUCCUAUGGGACAGCCUCAUGCAUCUCAAAACCAGUUUCUCAUACCUACAAGUCUCUCUGUCAAUUCUAAUUCAGUUCAUCAUGUCCAGACCAUAAAUGGACAACUUCUUCAGACUCAACCUUCCCAGCUAGUUUCUAGCCAAGUAUCUGCUGAGCAUGUUAUGCUGAACAGGAACUCUACAAACAUGCUCAGGGCCAACCAUUCAUAUUCAGGACAGAUGCUGAAUAAUCAGAAUACAGCUGUUCAGUUAGUUUCAGGACAGACAUUCACAGCUCCUGGAAGCCAAGUUAUAGUAAAUCAUGGAACUUCUCAAAUUGUUGGUGGACAGGUGCCAUUACAACAGGCAUCACCAACAGUGUUGCAUUUAUCACCUAGUCAAAGUAAUGUUUCUCAAGGUAGAUCCGGUUUUACUACAAUGUCACCUGGACAAUCUACAGUCUCAAAUAUAUCAGCAUCUAAUCGGUUUACUGUUGUAAGUUCUUCUGGCACAAUACAUAGCCUGGGGCCACCAGUUCAGUCUAUUGCAACAGGAGGAAAUUUUACUGGAGAUCAACCUACACAGCAGAACAGAACACAGGUUUCAGUGAGUGUAUCACAUCGUCUUCCAGUUUCCUCUUCUAAAUCUAUCAGCACUUUCAGCCACACAGGAGUAGGAGUAACACAACAACAGUUCACUUAUGCUCAGGCUCAGAAAAAAGUUAUGAACCAGUCCUCACCAGUUUCUGCAUCGAAGUCACAGGAUAGCUUGAGACAACCUCAGCUAACAGGUCUUCUGAGUAACACAUUGCCAGGACAAGAUUCUGGAAGUAAAAUCAUGCAGCAAUCUUUAGGAGCAACACAGCAGGAAAAACUACUGGGAUUGUCUCCUGUUCAACAAAAUUUGCAGUUGGAUGUUCAUACAGUUGGACAAAAGAGGCCUGCUACUAAACAGUUAACAAAAGGAGCUUUUAUUCUACAACAGUUACAGAAGGACCAGGCACAUGCUGUGACACCAGAUAAAAGUCAAUUCAGAUCAUUAAAUGAUGCAGUCCAGAGACUCCUUUCAUAUCAUGUGUGUCAGGGAUCACUGCCAACGAAGGAGGAUUUAAGAAAAGUGGACAGUGAAUUUGAAUCUGUAGCCACACAGCUUCUGAAAAGGACACAAGCUAUGUUAAAUAAGUACAGAUGUUUGCUCAUAGAAGAUGCAAUGCGGAUAAAUCCCUCUGCAGAAAUGGUUAUGAUUGACAGGAUGUUUAAUCAGGAAGAAAGGGCAUCUCUGUCUCGGGAUAAGCGUCUUGCACUAGUGGAUCCAGAUGGUUAUCUGGCUGAUUUUUGUUGUUCCGCUAAACAAUUUGAUGAAACUGCUGACGAAGCCCAGCCCAAUGAAAGUGAUCAUCAGUGUAGUAAAACAUUGACUUCUCACAGUCAAACUACCAAGACCCAAACAAGAGACCGAUCAAAAUCUAGCACAGCGGAGUCUACAAAUCACGAUAAACUUCAUUUAGUGCCUAACAACGUUAUGACACAAGAAGGAAAACUUUCUACUAAAAAACCAGAAAGCCUCACUAAAGCUUUAAAGUUUGAGAAGGCUAGCUGUUCUCCUGACAGUCAAUACAUGGCUGUCUAUGAAGAGAAAUUAGCUGGUAAAGGUCUUACCAAGACCAGUGAAAAUUCUUCAAGUUCUGAAGAACUGUCAAAACCUUUGUCAAGAGCCAAUCAUGGUACACACAAUAAAAUGUCAAGGAAUACAGUUGAAUCUCACUCAGAAGGAAUAUGUAAUAACUCCCUUCAAGACAAAACUCAGAGGACCUUUCCAAAGAAUGAGAUUUUACAUCCUGACAAUAUGAAAGGCUCUGGUGAACCCCAACAGGAAUUACUCCUGAGUAAGAGUUUAGAAACUACAUUCAAAAACAUUCUGGAACUGAAAAAAACUGGGAGACAGCCACAAAGUGAGGCCACUGGUAGUGGCUCUGUAGAAUUAGACUUUUCAAACUUUUCACCAGUUGCUUCACAGGAAAACUGCCUGGAAAAAUUUAUUCCGGAUCACAGUGAAGGUGUUGUAGAAACAGACUCUAUUUUAGAAGCAGCUGUAAAUAGUAUCUUAGAGUGUUAAUAGUUACAGUACUAUGAACAAAUUUUGUUUCUCGUAUUAGAAGCAAAUGUGAAUGACACCGCAAGUACAGCCUGACAUAUGGCAAAGGUUAAUCUUUCUAAACUAGAUUCUGUUCUGUGUUUGAGAGCAAUACUCAUUGUGAUUACAGUGAGAUAUACAGUAAAGUUAAUCCUUGUUAGAAUGCAGUCUGUUGGGGCCUACACAUUUCAAGUAUUAUAAUGACAGUGCUUAUGGUAAUUGUCUAACACUGCAACUUAAUGAGAUUGCAGUUCACCAGGCCCUACGUAAUAAGGUAAUAUACUGACAAUCACAGUCAAAUGAAAGGACAGAUUCAAGAAAACUUUAAAAGACAAAUGGAAGCAACAAUUUUCUCCCUUUCAUAAAUCACUAGAUUUUAAUUUUUUUUCCAAGAAAAUUUAGUUGUUAAAUACCCAUUUUACCUUUAUUCAGAAAUGAUUGUCUGAUUCAUUACUGAAUCCAACUGCUCUAGGAUUUCAAGUUGGAAGAAUGUCAUCAGUAUAUUUGUAGGGAAUCAUAUUGGAAGUGCUUUUCUGUUGUCACUGAGCAGAAAGAACAUGAGUAUAUCUGUAGUGAGUGAAUUUAGUCUAUGGAAUGAUACUGUAUAAUCUUAGUCACAACGGUAUGAUAUGAAAUAAUGUAUGACCGACUAAAGAAAGAACAACAGAAACCAAUAAGUGGCAAGAGGUCAUAAUAGCACCAUGAAUUUUAUAUAUAUAUAAAUACAGAUAUGUUAACACUUGAGGAGAAGGAUUUGCAUUUUAUAAUUGAAUUAGAUCAAACUAAGUCUUUCUGAAGAGGUAUAAAUGUUUUUUAAAGAACAAGUGUCAAAAGCACUUUUAUUUGAAAACAGAUUAAAUUAGUAGUUUGUACUUCAAGAGGACAUUAUCCUUAACCUGAGAAGUUUAAAGGCCAGUGUUUUUGCUUGUUUCUGCUUCUCGCUGCCAGAAAAUAUUAGUCAUCCACAGCAGCAGUCAUAACUACCAAAAUAUGUACAGACCAAAGUUAAUCAGCUGUCCCAUUAUUAAAACAUAUCUAAACUUGUAUAAUUUUUAAUUCACCUUUCAGAGCCAAAGGAAAUCCUUGUGUGAUUUGUAUUUGGCUGGUGUUCACAUUGAUGAAAUAGAAGUUUGUUAUUUUAUUUAUUUAUUUUUAAUAUCUGUCAUUUUCCCUUUUAAUGCCCCGUGCUUCUUUUCUAAUGGCUUACUUUGGUCAUUAGUACUGUUGUGCAUACAGUCUUCUGCCAUUAGCAAAAUGAAUCUAGCAUACUCAGAAGAGUAGAGUGGUUGUGAUUUCUAAAGCAUGUUCUCUCUCUCUUUC